AAAGUGCUGGCCUCAGUUCUCAGCUCCCAGUCCUCUAGUCUGAGAGAGCUGGACCUGAGUAACAACAACCUGCAGGAUUCAGGAGUGAAGCUGCUAUCUGCUGGACUCGAGAGUCCACUCUGUACACUGGAAACUCUCAGGCUGUCAGGCUGUCUGAUCACAGAGAAAUCCUGUGCUUCUCUGGCCUCAGCUCUGAGCUCCAACCCUUCCUAUCUGAGAGAGCUGGACCUGAGCUACAAUCAUCUAGGAGAUUCAGGGGUGACGCUGCUGUCUGCUGGACUGGAGGAUCUACACUGGAGAUUGGACACUCUCAGGUUUGGACAGACAAAAAGAGCUCACACUCUGCAGGUGUCUCUAUUUUCUGUUAUUUAAUGUCAAUCUACUGGA